AUGACUUCCCUCAUAUACCUCGUAGCUUUGGCGCUGCUGGGCCAGGCUAGGUCGGAAGUAAUUGAACUUAACUGUAGUGAUAAUGCCACGUGUAUAGACAAUAUGGCGAGGGCGUUCGUCAGAAGUAUAAGGCAGCAAAAGCCGGUGAAAAUGUUCGAUUUGUUCACUAUAGAGCCGGUAGAGAGUCGGCAAGCGAGAUCGAGUCAAGACCCAUUAACGAGAUUUAUAACUACACAUGCGGUUAGCAUCGACUGGAAUGAUUUCACGUUCAGAUUCUCCAAUCCAGAAGGAAGAAACGACGCCAUGGAUUUAGAAGUUUUUGAAAGCAGAUCUGCUAAAGAUGUUUCGGAUACGGUGCCGAAGAAAUCAAAAAGCAAAGACGAAGAGGAAGUCGAUGACAAAUCCGGCCACGCUCGGUUAAAAAGAAGGGGAUCGAAACGCAAGGUGAUGCAAGCAAUAGUCCCGAUGCUCGUUGGCAUGAAGACUGCUGGAAUGGCCAUAUUCGGCCUUUUCAUGGUCUCCGUCAUCACAAUCAAGGCUUUCAUGGCCAGCAAAAUGGCGCUCAUGGUCACGAUUGGUAUGGCCAUGAAGAAACUCUAUGAAAGUUAUGGCAAUGGCUCUGGUUUGCAAAACCAUCCAUACCUAUACUCACAAUAUCCGAUCGAUUUUCCAAACCCCACGUCGCACGCAUACUCCGUAAAUGGAGUAAGUCCUCAGUUUGCGUCUCCGGAGUUAUACAGCCCAACAGCGCUGGGUUCACACUCCCAACAACAUGAGCUGAUACAACAAAGCGAUGCAAGUGCUCAGCAGUCUCAACAGGCGCCUACACAACUUCUUGUAAAUUCGACAAGGGCAGCAGAACGGUGGGAUGGGUACCGGAGACGUCCAAUGUUCUAUGGAACCUCGCGCGCUACUUCAGAUUCCUAUUCGGCAUACCAGAGUCGCCGCUAA